AUGGCUCCCUUUGAUCUAGACGCAUGCAUCCAGCAGCUCCUAAGAAAACAGCUCCUCCACGAAGUCCUGCUACGCGAAAUAUGCGAGAAAACAAAAGAGGUCCUCAUGCGCGAGUCCAACGUCGUCCAUGUCAGCGCUCCAGUCACCGUAGUCGGUGACAUCCAUGGACAAUUCUACGACCUAAUAGAGAUCUUCCGCAUAGGGGGAUAUGCACCGAACACAAAUUAUCUCUUCCUCGGCGACUACGUGGACCGGGGCCUCUUCAGCGUCGAAACGAUAUCCCUCCUGACAUGUCUCAAACUUCGCUAUCCGGACCGCGUGCAGCUGAUUAGAGGGAACCACGAAUCAAGAGCAGUCACACAAACGUACGGGUUCUAUACAGAAUGCGUGCGGAAAUAUGGCUCUUCCCACGUUUGGACCUACUUUACGGAUAUGUUUGACUUCCUGACGCUGUCUGUUGUCAUUGAUGAUCGGAUAUUCUGCGUGCACGGAGGGCUUUCUCCUUCAAUACAUUCAAUUGAUCAGAUUAAAGUAGUAGAUCGAUUUAGAGAAAUACCGCACGAAGGCCCGAUGGCAGACCUAGUAUGGUCGGAUCCUGACCCGGAGAAGGAAGAUUUCGCCAUAUCUCCUAGGGGAGCGGGCUACACGUUCGGCUCUGGGGUGGUCUACAAAUUUCUUGAUGAAAAUAAUAUGUCACACAUCCUUCGCGCACACCAGCUCUGCAUGGAGGGCUACUCAUCCCUAUUUGACAAGCACCUUUCGACCGUAUGGUCGGCACCGAAUUAUUGUUACCGUUGUGGCAAUUCUGCCAGCAUACUCGAAGUUGGCCCAAACGGAUCCAUGUACUUCAACGUCUUCGAGGCGGCUCCCGAGAAUGAGAGAGACGGCCCAAAUCAGCAGGCUGCGCAGACCGCGACAGGGAAGCUUCCUGAAUAUUUCUUGUAA